CGCCGCGCCCUGUGUUGACAGGUGCCGCCGAGCUGGCCGAGCCCCUGACCGAGUGUCCGCCGGGCUGGGCUCCCCGUGGCACACGCUGUAUCAGCGCGCCCACAGAACCAGCCACCCGACUGAUGGCCGACGUGCACUGCCAGCAGCUGGGAGGCCGCAUGGCCACCGUCCGCGGCGCCUACACCAAGCCGAUCCUCGCGCUGCAGCUCACCACGGUGACCGAGGUGUGGGUACUGGACCCAGAGGCGUCAGAGAUCCAGUACCAAAUCUACAAACAGAAGCUCAUUGAAGAGGACAAUCCCCACCUGAUGCUGCCAGGAUACAGUGCGCUGACCGCCGCCGGAAAGGUCGUCACAAGACCGGCUGAGCAGCAGCUGCCGGCCAUCUGUGAGCAGUGCACGCAGCCGUGCAGCCCGGGCGCCGUGCCGUUCGCUGGCCACUGCUACCAGCUGCUGGCGGGGGAGCUCUCCCUGCGCACCGCCACCGACUCGUGCGCCGCGCUGGGAGCCGCACUCGUCUCCGUCGAGUCCAUGGUGGAGAACAGCUUCGUGGCCGCGCUGGCGUUUAACUACUCGGAGCCGCAGUGCCGCUCGGACGCCUCCCAGGUGUGGCUGGGCCUGCACCGGGGCAGCGUCAGCUUCGACUGGCAGUGGCAGGACUGCAGCGAGUUUGGCAUCCAGUUCUGGGCGCCCGGCGCCGGCCGGAGCGGCUUCUGCGGCUCGCUGGACGCGGCCGGCCGCUGGUGGGACUCAGACCGGUGCGCCCAGCUGCGGCGGCUCGCCGUCUGCGAGUGGGACCCGUGCCGGGCCGACAGCGACGGCUACUACGGCGGCUGUCAGCUGCCGCCAGGCCCCGUCUACUAGAGCGCCGGCCGAGGGCACCCGCCCGCUGUCCGGCUCCGCCAGCCCCGUGGACGUGCAUCAGUCGGUGCGGUAACGCGCUGAAUUAUUCAGAUCAUCCCUCACGGAGGCGCUUUGGAGGUAUGGCGAAUGUCGUCAUGGUUCUAUUCAAAGAAUAAACGACAGUGACA